GUACAAUUCCGUUUAAAACCCCCAGCCUGUAUGAAAAUAGAAAACUGUGUUGCUAAUAUUCUCAGGAAGGGAUUUGUCACAACAUGAGCCAUGAAUGAAUGACUUGAAACGCACUGAGCGGAGGACAGUUUGGGGAACAGCCUGACAAGCAGGCGCAACACUUCCUCAAAACAUUGGAACAGCCUCAAACCUCACGAACUUUACUCCGCUGCACAUUUAUUGUCCUACCUUUGAAACUGCACUUUAGAUAAUAUUUGACAGCAAGAGGCAGCUCAUCGCAUAACUUUCGUAUUCCCUGCGCGCGGGGAUCGAUGGAGUUGUGAUUCAGACGGAUAUUGACAUUUUACGCUCCGGCUGAACGCAGACACAAUGGUCUCCAUCGCUAAGGUGCUCCUCGGAGUCUUUGGGGUCACAGUCGUCGUCGUUUUGAUUGCGGUGCCCACUGCUGUGUUUCUAAAAGAGGAAAAGGAGAACAAGGACGAGAGAUUUUUCACCCUGGAUGAUGUCUUCAAUAGUACCCUGAGACCAAAGUCCUUCAGUAUGAGAUGGAUCUCAGAUCAUGAGUAUCUGUUUAAGUCCCAGGGUGCAAUCCAAGUCCAAAACUGUCUCGCAGGGGGAGUCAAAGAGUUCUUGAGUCAAGACUUGUUCGAACAAGUAGGUGCUUAUGAUUACCAGCUGUCUGCUGAUCAAACACAUGUUGCAUUCAUGAGCAACUACAGCAAGCUGUGGAGGCAUUCAUUUACAGCUACAUACACACUUUAUGACCGUAACGCCAGAAAGUUCCUCACACCCUCUGACAUUCCACAUGAAGUGCAGUACUUUGCCUGGGCUCCUGUUGGGAACAAACUGGCUUAUGUUUGGAGAAAUAAUGUGUACAUCAAGACCAGCCCAGGGUCACCACCGAAGCAGGUCACUUUCAAUGGCAAGGAUAAUCUGAUUUUUAAUGGGCACCCCGACUGGGUGUAUGAGGAGGAGAUGUUCUCAUCCAAUCAGGGCCUCUGGUGGUCGCCUGAAGGGAAGUAUGUGGCCUAUAUUGAGUCUAAUGAAACAGAGGUCCACACCAUAGAGUACACCUGGUAUGGAGAGAACCAGUACCCCAGCACUGUCUCCAUUCCGUAUCCUAAGCCAGGUACUCCCAACCCUGUUGUGAAGCUCUUUGUUGUGGACAGUAGCAACACAACUGAAAUAAACGAGGUUGUUGUUCCAGCCGCACUCAGCACAAGUGAACACUACCUGGCCACUGUCACCUGGGUGACUGAAGGACGUAUUGCUGUCCAGUGGUUGAAGAGAAUCCAGAACUACCUCAUCCUUCAGAUCUACGACUUGACAGGAUCCAGUUGGGCACCUUCAGAGAAUCUGGUGUUAAAUAGUGCCAACGGGUGGAUUGGACGGUUUUCUCCACCAGAGCCUGUUUUUGCUGCAGACAAGAGCAGCUACUACCUAAUAACCAGUGACAAGAGUGGGUACAAGCACCUCCAUCAAGUGGUCAAGGGAGUAUCCACAGCAGUCACCACUGGAAAAUGGGAAGUCACGGACAUUCUGAAAGUGACAGCAGAUAGUGUUUAUUACUCAAGUAAUGAAGACGGCAGCCGGCCAGGAGGGAGGAACGUUUACAAAAAGACCGGACAAGAGACUAAGUGUCUGACUUGUGCGUUACGUGACAGAGACUGUCAUUACAACUCUGCGUACUUCAGCCACAACGCCUCCUUCUAUCGUCUGAGCUGCAGCGGUCCUGGCAUUCCUUUCCAUACUCUCAUGGAUAACAUGAAAGAUAAAGAGUUUUUGGUUUUGGAGGACAACACUGCUUUUACUUCUCUAAUUUUUGACAUCAAAUUGCCCACCAUGCGCAGAGACACCAUCAAACUCGGUGGAAAGAAUCUCUGGUACCAGAUGUAUCUGCCUCCAGGAUUUGAUGAGUCUAAGAAGUACCCCUUACUUAUAGAUGUGUAUGCUGGUCCCUGCAGUCAGAAAGUAGACUUCGCCUACAGGUUGGGCUGGUCCUCCUACCUGGCCAGUACUGAGAAAAUCAUCGUCGCCAGCUUUGACGGAAGAGGAAGCGGCUACCAAGGCGACGACAUAAUGCACGCUAUCUACAAACGUCUGGGAACCUAUGAGGUGGAAGAUCAGAUAACAGCAGCCAGGGAAUUCAUCAAAAUGGGCUUCAUUGACAAAGAAAGAAUUGCAAUCUGGGGCUGGUCUUAUGGCGGAUAUGUGACGUCAAUGGCCUUGGGAGCUGGAAGUGGAGUUUUCAAAUGUGGAAUGGCAGUCGCUCCGGUCUCCAAAUGGAAAUAUUACGAUUCAAUCUACACAGAGCGUUACAUGCUGCAGCCUUCAGAGAAUCCCAAUUUCUACGCUAACUCGACAGUGACUGGCAGGGCCAAGAAUUUCCAUUCAGUGCAGUAUCUUCUAGUUCAUGGCACAGCUGACGACAACGUUCACUUCCAGCAGGCCGCUGAGAUCUCUGAAGCUCUGGUUGAGGAGCAGGUGGACUUUGAGGCGAUGUGGUACACAGACAAGGAUCACGGCCUCGGUGGAUCCGCCUAUCAGCACGUCUACACCCACAUGUCUCAUUUCUUGCUGAGGUGCUUUCAGUGAAGUCCAGUGAAUCACAAAGAUCUGUUUUCAUGCAAAUAAGAAGAAAUGAUCAGGGGACACAACUCUAAAUGCAGACUUGAUUGUUUGGGCAUUGUUGAAAAUAUUUCAUGCAUUUAUUUACUCAUACUUUAAUGCAAAUUGUAACUUAACAUCUAACAACUUAAAUGUGAAACAUUUACAUAAUUAUAAUAACACGUUUCAUUUAUAAACUCAACUUGUGAAGAAGUCAGACCUUGACCUUGAAGAAGAAGAAUGAUGAAGUGAUGUGAAAUUAUAACUCAACAGCUACUGCUUCACCAUGAAGAUGUUUUAUAUGUUGUUAUAAAUUAUUUACAGAAGCACGACGCACCACUGAAUAACUGUAUUAGAGUUUGACUAACUUUAUGAGAUGAUUGUUUUGUAAAUAAUAAAGAUUUAAAUAAUGAGA